CUCACGCAGAACCUAUUUCAGUCUUUUGAUUACGCUGAGAAGUUGCUCGGGGAGAAGAAAAAACCCUUUGAAAUCCUCCAGCCGCAGGAACAUCUGAAUUUAAUUUCAAGCAGCAAGUCUGGAGAAACACUGAAGGUGUGUCUUUUCCAGACAGACUGACUGACCUCACCACCACUCUCUGCCGGAGCUCUGGACCUCCAUUUGACCUACAUCUCUUCUUCUCUCGUCUGCGCGGUGCCAAGUGCUCCCCAGGCUUCCUCGAGUGUGGGCACAGCGCCAUGGUAACUCACAGCAAGUUUGACUCCGCAAUGAGCAGCAGCCCCUUUGACUCCAGCAUGCGGCUGCCUCACCGUUACAAGACUUUCACCUCCAAGGCUCAGUGCCAGAUGGUACUGGCCACCCUCUGCAAGCUCCAGGAGAGCGGUUUCUACUGGGGCGCCAUCACGGGAAAAGAGGCCAACAAUCUGCUGUUGUCUGAAGCGACCGGCACGUUCCUGAUCCGGGACAGCUCGGAUAACCGACACCUCUUCACCCUCAGCCUCAUGACUGUGUCGGGCACAAAAAAUCUGCGUAUCCAGUGUGACUCUUCCUCUUUUUUCCUGCAAACUGACCCUAAGAACAUUCAGUCAGUUCCCCACUUUGACUGUGUCCUCAAACUGGUCCAUUACUACAUGCCUCAGAGCAAAGCUGCCAUAUCUGGGAACAAUCACAACGGGAAUGCUUUCUAUAUUUACUCUGGAGGGGAGAAGAUCCCUCUGGAGCUUCUAAAGCCUCUGUCCGGCAGUUUGUCCACCCUGCAACACCUGUGCAGGAAGACACUUAACGGACACCUGGACAUUUCCUCUAAAAGGGACCAGCUUCCUCAUCCUUUGAAGGAGUUCCUCCAGGAGUAUGACGCUCCUAUCUAGGAGGAUGACUUCUGCUCUGGAAGGGCACAAGACUUCAAAGUAGUAGCAGAACUGCUUCU